CAUCAGUAGAGGCACGAGUUCGCUCUGCUCUCGCUGAAGUGUGAACAGUUUCAGCCGCGUAGCGGGACUCAGCGAGACCUGAUGCACAAGUCAAGGCGACGCGCAGCGAACAUGAAGCCGGAUUGGCUCUGACUUUUAAAAGCCCUUUCAUUCAAGAGGCUGUCCGUUCUCAACAUGGCAGAACCGUCGGUUCCAGUACCCCCUCGAAAAAUGGCGUCACUUAGCCGGGUCCGAGCCUUUACUCUGAUUUUCUUAACUGCAAGCAGUUAUUUAAUUACUCCCACAAGUGGCAAGGAAGGAGGGGGAGAGGAGACGGUCAUCAUCGGGCUGAGACUGGAGGACACGGACGACAUUUCCUUCAUGGACAGAGGCUAUCUGCGCAUCAGUGAGAGGUCUCGGGUGAGACUGAGGGUGUACGGGCAAAACAUUAACAACGAGACGUGGUCCAAAAUCGCCUUUACGGAACACGAGAGGAGUCGAGUGAUUGGCAGCAUCUCCUCAGGGGACAACAAGAGUCAGGAGGACACGUCGGGCUUGCACCCCUGCGGCAUCAGGACUUCGGAUAUUCUCAUCUUGCCCAAUAUCAUUUUAAAUCGCAAGACGUCUGGCAUCGUGGAAAUCGACGUCAAGCCUCUGCGAAAGACUGAGAGGAGCAAAGCGUACUACCUGUGCAUCGCCACCUCCACACCUGCCGCGACGGGCGCGCACGACCCGUGGACGGAGAACACGUGGAUCUAUCACGAUGGAGAGGACACCAACGUGAUCGUGGUGGAGGAGAAGAGGUUCCUGCUCCCUUUCUGGCUCCAGGUCAUCUUCAUUUCCAUGUUGCUCUGCCUCUCGGGCAUGUUCAGCGGCUUGAACCUGGGUCUGAUGGCGCUGGAUCCCAUGGAGCUGCAGAUCGUCCAGAACUGCGGGACGGAGAAGGAGAAGAACUACGCCCGGAAGAUCGAGCCCGUCAGGAGCCAAGGAAACUACCUGCUUUGCUCGCUUCUCCUGGGGAAUGUUCUGGUCAACACCACCUUGACCAUCCUGCUGGAUGAUAUCGCCGGGUCUGGAUUGAUAGCUGUAGUGAUGUCCACCAUCGGCAUCGUCAUAUUUGGAGAGAUUGUGCCUCAAGCGAUAUGUUCACGACACGGUCUUGCUGUGGGUGCGAAUACAAUCUUCUUGACCAAAUUCUUCAUGCUGCUCACUUUCCCCGCGUCCUAUCCGGUAAGUAAACUGCUCGAUUAUCUCCUCGGACAGGAGAUUGGCACGGUGUACAACCGAGAGAAGCUCUUGGAGAUGUUGAGGGUCACGGAUCCCUAUAAUGACUUGGUGAAAGAGGAGCUGAACAUCAUUCAGGGCGCGCUGGAGCUCAGGACUAAGACCGUGGAAGAUGUGAUGACCCCUUUGCGCGACUGCUUCAUGAUCGCCGGCGACGCCUCGCUCGAUUUCAACAGCAUGAGCGAGAUCAUGGAGAGCGGCUACACGCGCAUCCCGGUCUUCGAGGGCGACAGGUCUAACAUCGUGGACCUGCUGUUCGUCAAGGACCUUGCGUUUGUGGAUCCCGACGACUGUACCCCGCUGAAGACGAUAACGAAGUUCUACAGCCAUCCCUUACACUUCGUCUUCAACGACACUAAACUCGACGCGAUGCUGGAGGAGUUCAAGAAAGGUAAAUCUCACCUGGCAAUAGUCCAUCGGGUUAACAACGAAGGAGAAGGCGACCCAUUCUAUGAAGUGCUUGGCAUUGUCACCCUGGAGGACGUCAUUGAAGAAAUCAUCAAGUCUGAAAUCCUGGAUGAGACAGACUUAUAUACCGAUAACAAAACAAAAAAGAAAAUCACCCAUCGAGAGAGGAAGCAGGAUUUCUCGGCUUUCAAGCACAUGGACAAUGAAAUGAAGGUUAAAAUAUCACCUCAGCUUCUACUGGCUACUCUGCGUUUCCUAGCAACAGAAGUAGAAGCAUUUAGUCCAAGCCAGAUGUCUGAAAAGAUCCUUCUACGUCUCCUCAAGCACCCCAACGUCAUCCAGGAGCUCAAAUAUAAUGAGAAGAAUAAGAAGGCCAUCGAACAUUACCUCUUCCACCGCAACAAGCCCGUGGACUAUUUCAUCCUCAUUCUGCAGGGGAAGGUGGAGGUGGAGGCGGGGAAGGAGGGAAUGAAGUUUGAAGCUGGGGCUUUCUCCUCGUAUGGGAUGAUGGCUCUCACCGCUACUCCAGAAAACAAAUCGCCCCCUCGGUCAUUUGGAAUGAACCAUUCUGACUCCUUAAAUCGUAGCGAGCGGAUUGAAGCCAUCACACCGUCACUUGGCAGCAGUAACCACCAGCUCAAUGCCUUCUUGCAGAUAUAUGUGCCGGACUAUUCUGUCAGAGCUUUGUCAGACGUACAGUAUAUUAAGGUAACGCGCCAGCAGUAUCAGAACGCCGUCAUGGCAUCACGCAUGGACAAGACGCCACAGUCCUCAGAGAGCGAGUACACCAAAAUCGAAAUGACUUUGACAGAGCUCCAUGACGGAGUGACUGAUGAAACCGCCACUCUGUUCAACCAGACACAGAACUGCGUGGCCCACAACAAGACGAACCACACAGGCCACAGCGAGGGGACCAUCUAGCCCUCAGUGGGGUGGUGGAGCGAAGCAGAUAACAGAACCCUGGAGUUGCUCACCACCCCAAACCUCUGUAAUCUGGUAGUGCAGUACUACCACGGCCUGAGCUUGGGUUGGGUUGACCCAAGGCAAAAUGGGACAGUCCAGUGACCCGAUCCAGUCCCAUUCAUUCAGAUAAACCACAGCGUUUAUGUCCCCCAGACCAAAGAGUUUGGAGGAUGGACGGUUUUUCUCCAGCUACACUCAAACUGCCCCGUGAUGUUCACCAACACAAAAAGAAAUACUCCAGGCAGAUGCUGUAAUAGGGUAAAUCAAAGACUGUUCCAUAUACUGCUUUGAAGGAAACCGUGAACCGUGAAUCAAGAGUAUUCUACUCACAUAUUUAUUUAUUUUGUAUGCGUUUGUACAUACAUGCAUGUCUGAGGAUAUAAUUGUCGGCACAUUGCAAACACCUGUCUGUAAAUUGUGCAUGUGUAUGUGUGUGCCUCUAUGAGUGUCACUGAUAUCAUGCACAUGCUAUAUAUACAGUACAGACCAAAAGUUUGGACACACCUUCUCAUUCAAAGAGUUUUCUUUAUUUUCAUGACUAUGAAAAUUGUAGAUUCACACUGAAGGCCUCAAAACUAUGAAUUAACA